AUGAAUGGCAGUGACUCCUCCGUCAUGGCCGCGAUUGUGCACUACAGCCUGGAAAGGUGCUUCCACCACGUGCAGCAGGCCGCCGCUCUGGGCCUGGAGAGAUUCAGCAAUGACCCCGUGUGGCACUUCUUCAGAGCCUAUGGAGCCCUCAGGGAAGAACGUGUCCAGGAUGCCAUCAGCGAGCUGGAGAGCAUCCGGAGUCACCCGGACGUGGCCCUGUGCUCCAUCAUGGCCCUGCUAUACGCCCACAAAUGCUGCGAGACCAUCGACCGAGAAGCGACCGAGGAGCUGGAGAGCAGCCUACAGGAAACCCACAGGACAGCCAGUGGGACGGCGCAGUACUACGCCAGCCUCUUCCUCUGGCUCAUGGGCCACCACGACAAGGCCAAGGAGUACCUUGACCACACACUGAAGACCUCCACUGGCUCCAGAGAGGACUGUGUGCUCAAAGGUUGGGUUGACCUCACCUCCGACAACCCCCAUGUGGUGAAGAAAUCCAUCAAGUACCUGGAACAAGGACUUCAGGACACCAAAGAUGUGCUGGGCCUGAUGGGAAAGGCCAAGUACCUCAUGACUCAGCAGAAUUACUCCGGGGCCCUGGAGGUGGUGAACCAGCUCACGGUGGCCUCAGGCAGCUUCCUGCCCGCCCUCAUCCUCAAGAUGCGGCUGUUCCUGGCUCAGCAGGACUGGGAGCAGGCGGUAGACACAGCACACAGAAUCCUGGAGAGGGAUGAGAACAGUAUUGAUGCCUACCAAAUACUAGCUGUGCACGAGCUCGCAAGAGAAGGAAACAUGACCACCGUGAGUUGUUUCGGGACUCAGAAGGCUGCUGAUCAUGUUAGUAACCUGAUUAAGGCACUGGAGAUGAGCGAGCCCCAAAAUCCAAGACUCCAUCUGGAAAAAGUUCUGGUGGUUAGCAGGCUGUGCGGGAGGCACCAGGCCAUUCUCCACCUGGUGGGGAGCUUCAUGGAGCGCAUCUUCCUGGCCACUCCCUCCUACGCCCAGGUGGCCACCGAGCUGGGCUACCUCCUCGUCCUGCGGAACCAGGUGAAGGAGGCAUUUCUGUGGUACUCAGAGGCCAUGAAGCUGGACGAGGGCAGCGUGGCUGCCUUGACAGGGAUCAUCUGGUGCCAGAUCUUGGAGGGCCACCUGGAAGAGGCGGAGCACCAGCUGGAAUUCCUGAAGGAGGUGCAGCAGUCCCUAGGGAAGUCGGAGGUGCUGGUUUUCCUCCAAGCUCUUCUGGCCUCCAGGAAGAACAAGGGGGAGCAGGAGGUCACGGCGCUGCUCCAAGAGGCUGUGGAGCUCCACUUCUGCAGCAUGCAAGGCCUCCCCAUGGGUUGCAAGUACUUUGAAAAGCUGGACCCGCCCUUCCUGGUCUGCGUGGCCAAGGAGUACUUGCUCUUCUGCCCUAAGCAGCCCCGGGCACCCGGCCAGAUCGUGGCUCCACUUCUUAACCAAGUCACCGUGAUCUUGACUCCUGUGGUCAAGGCAGCACCAGCUCUGCUCGACUCCAUGUAUGUGAUGGCUCAGGUCAAGUACCUCUCAGGAGAGCUGGAGAAUGCCCACAGCACCCUGAAGUGUUGCCUGGAUCUGGACCCCACCUUUGUGGAUUCCCACCUCCUCAUGGCCCAGAUCUACCUGGCUCAAGGCAACUUUGCCAUGUGCUCCCACUGCUUGGAGCUGGGCGUCAGCCACAACUUCCAGGUUCGAGACCACCCCCUCUACCACUUCAUCAAGGCCAGGGCACUCAACAAAUCCGGAGACCACGCAGAGGCCAUCAAGACACUGAAAAUGAUCAUGAAGCUGCCCACUGUGAAGGUGGAAGAAGGCAAGAAGUUCCGGGGGCACCCCGUGCAGCCCAGUGAGCGGGUGUCCAUCCUGCUGGAACUGGCAGAUGCCCUCCGGCUGAACGGGGAGCUGCAUGAGGCCACCAAGGUCAUGCAGGAUGCCAUAAACGAGUUCAGCGGCACGCCGGAAGAGAUCCGCGUCACCAUCGCCAACGCAGACCUGGCCCUGAGCAAGGGCAACGCGGACAUGGCACUGAGCAUGCUGGGAAACAUCUCACCCAAGCAGCCCUGCUACAUGGAAGCCAAGGAGAAGAUGGCCAACAUCUACCUGCGCACCCACAAAGACAGGAGCCUCUACGUCGGCUGCUACCGUGAGCUCUGUGAACACCUGCCCGGCCCCCACUCCAGCCUGCUGCUGGGCGAUGCUUUCAUGAGCAUUCAGCAGCCCGAGAAGGCCCUGGAAGUCUACGAAGAGGCCUGUAGGAAGAACCCGCAGGACGCCUCCCUGGUCAGCAGGACCGGACAAGCGUACGUGAAGACACACCAGUACACCAAGGCGGUUAAUUACUACGAGGCCGCGCAGAAGAUAAGUGGACAGGACUCCGUGUGCCGCCAUCUGGCUGAGCUGCUCCUGAAGCUGAAGAAGUUCAACAGAGCAGAAAAAGUUCUGAAGCAGGCCCUGGCACGCGACGCAGCCACAGACAUCCCAUCCAUGAUGAAGGAUGUUGAGUGCUUGCUUUUGCUGGCGAAAGUGUACAAGAGCCAUAAGAAAGAAGACGUCUUGGAAACUCUGAACAAGGCCUUUGACUUCCAGUCUCGGAUAUUGAAGCGCAUUCCUCUGGAGCAACCGGAAGUGAUGCCCGCCCAGAAGCAGCUGGCAGCCUCGAUCUGCAUCCAGUUUGGCGAGCACUACCUGGCAGAGAAGGAGUACACCAAGGCGGCGCGGUCUUUCAAGGAGGCUCUCUCCUACUCUCCCACGGACACCCAGGUGAUGCUGGAGCUGGCGCGGAUCCACCUGCUUCAGGGGAACCUGGAUUUGUGCGAGCAGCAGUGUGCCACCCUCCUGCAGACGGAGCAGGCCCAUGAGACUGCUUCUGUGAUCUUGGCUGACCUGAUGUUUAGAAAACAGAAAUACGAAGCAGCCAUCAGUCUCUACCGCCAAGUCCUGGAGAGAACGCCAGACAAUUUUUCGGUAUUGGAUAAAUUGAUUGACCUGCUACGAAGAAGUGGCAAACUUGAAGACGCUCCUGCCUUCUUUGAGUUGGCCAUGAGAGUGUCCAGCCGGAUGCCUCUGGAGCCAGGGUUCAACUACUGCAGAGGCAUCUACUGCUGGCACAGAGGACAGCCCAAUGAAGCCUUGAAGUUCCUAAACAAAGCGCGCAAGGACAGCACUUGGGGCCAGAGGGCCACCUGCUACAUGGUGCAAAUCUGUCUGAACCCAGACAAGGAGAUUAUGGGUGGAGAGGCUUUGGAGAACCAGUCUGAGAGCAACGCUGCCGACAGGAAGGAGUCGGAGCAGCACGGCUUGCGCACGGCCGUGAAGCUGCUGUUGGAGUUGUGCCCGAGCUCGGCCCUGGACCACACCCAGCUGCGGCUGCUGCAGAACCUCUGCCUGCUGGCCACCCGGGAGAAAGCCAACAUGGAGGCGGCGCUGAGCACCUUCAUCGAGAUAGCCCAGGCCGAGAGGGACAGCGUCCCCGCCCUGCUGGCCGUGGCGCAGGCCUACAUGCUGCUGAAGCAGGUCCCCAAGGCGCGCACGCAGCUAAAGCGCCUGGCCAAGGCCCCCUGGGUGCUGCCCGAAGCCGAGGACCUGGAGAAGAGCUGGCUCCUGCUGGCUGACAUCUACUGCCAGAGCGGCAAGUUCGACCUGGCCUCGGAGCUGCUGCGGCGCUGCGUGCAGUACAACAAGUCGUGCAGCAAGGCCUACGAGUACCUGGGCUUCAUCAUGGAGAAGGAACAGUCCUACAAGGACGCAGCCACCAACUACGAGCUGGCCUGGAAGUACAGCCAUCACGCCAGCCCCGCGGUCGGAUUCAAACUCGCUUUCAACUACUUGAAGGACAAGAAAUUUGUGGAGGCCAUCGAGAUCUGCCACAGAGUCCUCGCGGAGUACCCCAACUACCCGAAGAUCAGAGAAGAGAUUCUGGUGAAGGCACAAGGCUCCCUGAAGCCCUAG